ACUGAAAAGAUGGCGCCCGAACGAAGGACGCUCAAUUAAGUGUGUGCAAGACCUUGUUAAAUUUGUAUUCUUAAUAAUAUUAUAUAUUCUUUAGGAAAUGAGUAAUCUUUCGCCAUUUGGGGGUGGUAAAAAUCCACCGUGGGUUCGUAAUGCAGGUCAGGGAAUUCAAAAUAUUCAGCAACAAAUGUUGGGCCAGGCAAUGGGUGGUAUAGGUGGGCAGCCUAUGGUCCAAUAUCAACAACAAACUCAACAGGUUUAUCAACAAAGUUUAGGAUUACAACAGCCGAAUAUAACAAUGGCAUCGAUGGCAACACUUGGAUCUAACUUGCCAUCAGGUAUAGCUGGACAGUUAUACCCACAAGUUGCUACUGUUUCAUACCCAACACCCAGAGCAUUAAAUACAAAUGCAUUUCAACCUAAUGUAGCUGGUGUUCCUCAACAAGUACAACAAAAUGUACCUCCGUCAUCCACUAAGCAGAGAGUUUUUACUGGCACAGUGACCCAAGUAUAUGAUAAUUUUGGUUUUGUCGACGAAGAUGUGUUCUUUCAAACAAACGCUUGUGUUAAAGGAUCAAAUCCAGUUGUGGGUGAUCGUGUACUUGUGGAAGCAUCAUAUAAUCCAUCCAUGCCAUUUAAAUGGAGUGCUACAAGAAUACAAGUACUCCCAAUGGGGAAUAAUAAUACUAAUACACAACAAAGUAAUCAAACUACUCGCCAGCAGCAGCAGCAACAACAGCAGCAACCACAGCCACAACAGAGUCGAACCUCAGGAACGUAUAAUGCAGUUCCUCCUCCUACCGAAAACGCUAAUAAUAGAUUUGCAACUAGUGCAGCCAAUGUUAACACAGUCAGUAAUCGUAACAAAGUUGGCAGAGUGAGAGAAAGAUCUCCUCGAGAGCGAAAAAAUGAAGAGGACGAAAUUGAAAGGAAGAGGCGCCGCGAGGAAAGAAUUAGAGAGCGUGAGAAAAAGGAAGAACGUAGUCCAUCAAGGACCAGAAGAAGUAAAUCUCCUAGGCCAAGAAGACGCACUCGGGUUGUACCUCGUUAUAUGGUACAAAUCCCAAAAAUAGCACUCGAUUUGCCUGAAGCUGAUGUACUCGAAAUAAGAAGACGCUAUCAGAAUAUGUAUAUUCCCAGUGAUUUCUUUUCUACCAACUUUCGAUGGGUUGAUGCCUUCCCACCACAUAUGCCAUUUGCUCUUAAUAAACCAUGUUCUUUCCAUGUCAUGCAUAAGGAUGUUGACCCUUGUACUGAAAAUACGGCAGUGCUAGAGCCUUCUGACGCUGAUUACAUUUUCUCUGCAAAGGUUAUGUUGAUAUCCAUGCCUGCCAUGGAAGAGAUAUAUAAGCGGUGUUGCGGUGUAUCCGAAGACAGAGAUCCAGAUCGUGAUUAUGUCCACCCAACACGUUUAAUAAAUUUCUUGGUAGGCUUACGAGGUAAAAAUGAAACGAUGGCCAUUGGUGGGCCAUGGAGCCCUUCAUUGGAUGGUCCUAAUCCUGAAAAGGAUCCAUCAGUUCUAAUCAGGACAGCAGUCAGGACUUGUAAAGCGCUUACCGGAAUAGAUCUGUCCAGCUGUACUCAGUGGUACCGCUUCCUGGAACUCUACUACAGACGUGCAGAAACGACCCACAAGUCAGGGCGAGUGGUGCCCUCUCGCGUUGAAACCGUCAUACUAUUUCUCCCAGAUGUUUGGAGCUGUGUACCUACCAGAUUGGAAUGGGAUGAUCUGCAACUCAGCUAUAAGAAACAACUGGAACGAAAAUUGCUACGUGCUGCCUCUAACCCCGACGAUUCGGAUGCUGCCAAUGACACUGAUGAGGCUGCCGUCGCUGAUCAAAAGGAUGAGCCCGUGCCCGAGAAAAAGGACCCUACGCAUUAUUCUGAUUUGGAUCUAAAAUCCAUGAAUGUGAAUGAUCUCAGGCAAGAACUAGCAGCCCGUAAUUUAAAUUGCAAAGGAUUAAAGUCGCAGUUGUUUGCUAGACUUACGAAGGCGGUGGCAACAGAACAGGCUAAAGAGGAAGGGAGGCAAGAUGAUAUCGAAGACAAUGAGAAGGAUGUUUCACCACCGCCAAAAGAAGAGGAUGACAAAAAGUUCAGGGACAAUAAAGAUCACGAUGAAGAGAGGAAAAAGCUUUGUGAACGUGAACGUAUUGCUCUCGAGAAACGGUACACGUUACCGGAAUCGUCUCACAUUAUCGUGCACCCAUCCAGAAUGGCUAAAAGUGGAAAAUUUGAUUGUACUGUGAUGUCUCUAAGUGUCCUAUUGGAUUACAGGCCGGAGGAUACGAAGGAGCAUUCCUUUGAGGUGUCAUUAUUUGCGGAACUUUUCAACGAGAUGUUGAUGAGAGAUUUCGGUUUCCGUAUUUACCGAGCACUGUGUAACCUUCCUGAGAAGCCUAAAGAAAAAGAUGAUGACAAGAAAAAGGAUAAGAAAGAUGAUAAGAGGGAUGAAAAGAAAGAUGACAAAAGAAAAGAUGAUGAAAAGAAGUGUGUUAGGAAAGAUGAACGCAAAGAUGACAAGAAAAGAGAAGGAAGUAAAGAUAAAAAAGAGGAUAAGGAUGCAAAGAGUAAGACAGACGAUAGAGAUCGCGAAAAAGAUAAGAAUGACGACGACGAUGAUGAUGACGAAGACGAAUCCGAUGAUGACGAUUCUGUAAAAGAUGGUAGAAAAGAUAAAGAUAGGGAUGGAAGGAAGAGGAAGACGAAAUUGUAUACACACGAUCCCUACCUUCUACUGUCGUUUGUCUACUUUGAUCAAACACAUUGUGGAUACAUAUUUGAUAAAGAUAUAGAGGAACUUAUUUAUACUUUAGGAUUAAACUUAUCGAGAGCUCAAGUUCGUAAGUUAGUACAAAAGGUCGUAACAAGGGACUCUUUGCAUUACCGAAAGUUAACUGAUAGAUCAAAAGAAGAUGACCCUAAAGAAGAAAAGAAAGAUGAAAAAGAGGCUGACAAAGGUGAAUCUUACAAGACAGAGAGUGAAGAAGAGAUUCUACGUUCGUUGGCACUUGGUAAUAAAAAACUAUUGCCUGUAUUUGUUGGAAGCGGACCACCAUCAAAAAGGGCACGAAGAGAAAACACAAUGUCCGAACAGUUUGAGGAAUCAACCAUACCUGAAGGUUUCGUCAUGUACAAAGGUUCUUUGUUAGAUGUAGGAAAACUCGUCAGUCAGUUGAAGAGAUCAGAAAAGGCUAGAUUGGAUACCGAAGAACGUAUGAUGGAAUUACAGCAUGAAUUAACGGUGGUAAAUGAAAAAUCCACAAAACAGUCAAAUAACAAUAAGGUCUUGUCAGAAGACUUGAAAAUGUACAAAGACAAAUUGAGGAGUACGGAUGAAAAACUGAAGAAAACGGCAACUGAAUGUCAUACGUACCUCACUGCGGUAAAGAAUAUGUAUCACAUAGCAGCGAAAAUGAUGCAGGCAGACACAAAAAAGGUAGAGGUAGUGGAAAUACAAGAUGAAAAAGGUAACGAAGUAAAUGGGUCAGAAGUUGAGAAUAAAUAUAAGACAGAUACAAGAUGGGGGGAUAAUAAAGUUAUAGUAAAAAAGGAAGUUAUAGAAACAGAUAGGGACAAGAAAUGUGACAAUAAAGUAUCUAUUAAAAAGGAAGUCAUAGACACUGACAAGGAAAAGAAGUAAUAGAAAUUGCAGUUUUCAUUCAUUGUGAAAGACGUAAACGCACCGGUACGAAAUUCUAAUUAUUGUAACAGUGAACAGUUUGACGGAGAACAAAAUUUAUUAUGAAAGUAGAACGACUUCGAAGACUCUGUUUUAUAACUUUUUUCACUUGGUAACAAUGUGUCUGUACGUAUUGUAUUCGGAAAAACUUUGGGCGUUCAAGUUUCAAUAAGUGAUAUUGAGUAGUGUAGAUAUCACAAUGAUUACACUGCGAUUUUUCACAUACGUAUGUUGACUUUUACGCAGACAGACAAACUCGUAAGAACACCUAAAAUCUGACUCUGAUCUGCCAUCAAGUGCCAGAUAUGUCGAUAGAAGGUGAACACAUUUACAUUAAACAUUGUCAUUUG